CUGCGGCGCCGAUUCGACAGGUUUUAUAAACAAAACAAAUGCUAAUAAACGUCUGUGUGGGACAGAUGUUACCGUUUAAAGUCCGAGUCUAGUCGCGGGAUGACGCAGAAACAGCUGUUAGAGGUCCGGUUCGUGGCUGAUGAAGAUGUUUUGGAUCAUAUUGUAGAGAAACAGAAAGAUAUAAAAGCAGCUAAUGGAUCCGUACAGACGCUGGUGACCCUAAAAACCCCGCAGAAAUCCAAAAGAUCUGAGACGGAAGAGGAUGAUGAUGAUGAAGAGGUGAUAAAUGAGCAGAACUAUGUGGACGCUCUGUGCACCGGAUCACAAGAUGAGAGUGAAAAAGCCACGGUCACCACAGCAUCAUCUGUCUUCUCGUUUCAGACCAUCAAACGGGGCAAUAAAAUGGCUCAGAUGGCCUCUGAAUGGGCUCGAACGCCUGGAAAGAGAGUGACCUUCUGCACAUCAGACACAAACGAGGACUCGUCCAGCCCGACACGCACCGCUAAAAAAUCAGCCAAUCAGAACAAAACCCCUCAGAAGGGAAAGAAGGUGCAGUUCAUCUCCACGACACCACACCGACUGCGCAAGAGACUGUCAGCUCCAAACCUGCGUUCAGACAACGAGAGCGAUUUCUCCCCCUCAAACUCUGAGGAUGAUGAUGAUGCUGAAGAACACGAGGGGAAGAGGGACAUACAGACCAAAACACCCAGUAAAAACACGUCCGCUGCUGCGCUCUAUAAGACGCCCAGUAAGAAGGGCAAGAAAGCGGCAGAGUCUGAUCUGGUGGAGGAGUAUUUUGAAGCUCACAGCAGCUCUAAGGUUCUCACGUCCGAUCGGACCCUCCAGAAACUCCAGACGCCCAAACUGGACCGGGAAACUCUGCUCAGCCUCUUGGGUAAAAACCCGCCGUGCUUCGCAGAGGAAAUUAAACAGCUCAAUGCAAAACACGAGAAGAACUUCAACCAGUGGAUGCUGCAGCUGCACAUGGGCUUUAACAUCUUGAUCUACGGUUUGGGCUCCAAGAAGCUCUUGCUGGAGAAGUUCCGCACAUCCAUGCUGUCCGACUACGAUCAUGUGGUGGUCAACGGCUUCUUCCCCAGUAUGACCCUCAAAUCGAUCCUGAAUUCCCUCACCGCAGACGUGUUCGGACACGAGGGAACCUUCCGUAAUCCUGCAGACCAGAUCGACUUCAUCAUCAGAACUCUCAGAGAGGACACGACCAAUCACGUCUUCCUGAUCAUCCAUAACAUCGACGGGCCCAUGCUGAGGGGCGACAGGAACCAGCAGGCACUGGGGCAGCUGGCGGUGCUUCCCAACAUGCACCUGCUGGCCUCCAUCGACCACAUCAACGCUACACUCAUCUGGGAUCAAGCGAAGAUGAGCAUGUUCAACUGGCUGUGGUACGAAACCACCACAUACCUGCCGUACACUGAAGAGACGUCAUACGAGAACUCACUGCUGGUGCAGCAGACCGGAGCACUGGCCCUCAGCUUACUCACACACGUGCUGCGCAGCCUCACGCCCAACGCCAGGUGA